AUGGUCAAAAUUGCGGAUCUUAAGGUGGACCAGUUACGGUUCCUGUUAAUAGAGCGGAACUUGGCAGUUUCGGGCUCCAGAGCCGAAUUAGUACAACGACUAAUUGAGUUUGAGAAAACCGAAGACGUAGAGAUGCCACAAGCAGCUGGAAACAUAAGUCAACAUGAGGAGGAGACACUGACGUCACAUGCGGCGGCAAUUUCACACAUGCAAAAUGAAAUGACGGAGCUGAAGAAUAUGAUGGUUCAGUUGGUCAUCAUGCAACGACAAAACGCGGAAGCAACAGCAUCAGGUGAAACAGCACAAGCGGCAGCAGCAACAACAAACCACCAGCAGAUCAGAGAAGAAAAUACCGAAGGUAGACAGGCUACCAAUUACGUAAGGCAAGCGUCGGUCAAGGAAAUAGCAAAUACCUUGCCGGACUAUGACCCCAGCGACGAUAACGCCAUCUCCGUAGACCAGUUCAUCGAUCGUGUCAACAGGGUAGUUGAGGCUUACCAAUGGGACGAGAAGUUUCUUUUGCUCGCCAUUAAUACGCGGCUUAAGGGUCCCGCUAAGAUGUGGCUCGACUCGUCGCCGGUUCUACACACCACAUGGAGUGACUUCGCUGCAGCUAUAAGAGACGAGUUUGGAUCUAACCCAGAUGAGGCAGAAGUUCACUUCAAUAUGGCCAAUGCAACCAGAAGAUCAAAGGAGUACUGUUUCCGGAUGUCCGCCCUUGGCGUGCGGUACAAGCUUAGUGAAGCAGCUGUUAUAAGAUAUGUUAGAUCAGGUAUACAGAAUCGAGAAUUGCAAAAUAGUAUUGCCGCAACUCAGUUUUCGUCAAUGAAGCAGUUUCGUGAUGCAGCCGAAUCGUAUUUUGUAAAUAGAGGUCGACCAAUCGCAAACAAAAAGGAGUUCGUACCAAAAGGCAGCAACUUUGAGACAAAGCAGGAUUACGACGUAAAGCCAACAAAGCCAAAGGAGGCUCAGAAGUGCUACAAUUGUGGAGAAUUGGGGCACUUCGCUAGUUCAUGCCAACAAGAAAAAAACAAGUCGCGUUGUACCAACUGCAAUAAGUUUCAUGCACGCAAUGAGAAAUGCCAACCGGCAGAUAUGAUGCGUUUGGGUGCCGCGAAUCUCGACAAGCUAUUCACUAGGAAAAUCUACAUAAAGUCGUACAUCUAUAGCGCCUUCAUUGAUACUGGAAGUCAGGCUAGUAUCAUGCGCCAAUCAGUUGCCAAACAAAUCAACGCUGAUCGCCACAAGUGCUCUAUGAAGAUUCGAGGCAUUUGUGGGGGUUCCUGUAUCCUGACUGAAGCAAUGGUUGUGGAUAUGGACAUCGAUGGAAAAAUGAUUACGGCCGAAGUAUACGUAGCAGACGACGACCUGCUGCAAGAGGACUUUCUGUUAGGACAAGACGUCAUCAUUAGCGGUCAGCUAUCGCUGAAGUUUGAGUCAGGCGACACCGAAGUGAAACGUGCUGUUCAUCAACCGGUAGCGUUUGUAAGCGACAACCUAACUACAAAACUUCUUGUCAAUCUACAGAACCAGCAGGAAAGAAGUAAAAUGGGCGGUUUGCUGGAGAAGUUCAACCAUGUUUUCUCCACAGGACUGCAAGGCAUAGGCAAAACCAACAUCGUCCAAGCCAACAUUAGCGUUGAGAGUGGCCAAGUGGUUUCGCAAGCGCCAUACCGAGUAUCCGAGCCAAAGAAGGAAAUUGUAAGCAGAAUGGUCGAAGAGCUGUUGGAGCAGGAUAUUAUCAUACCAUCCACGUCAGAGUACGCCAGCCCAGUGGUGCUCAUCAAGAAGCCAAACGGUAGUGAUCGACUCUGUGUUGAUUACCGCCGUCUCAAUAAACUGAUCAAGAAGGAAAAUUUUCCUGUACCGAACAUCGAGGAGCGUCUGCAGGAGGCGAAGCGAUUUAAAUACUUUUCUUCUCUGGACCUCAACAGCGGUUAUUAUCAGAUAGAAGUAGCACCGGAAAGUAGAAAGUUUACUGCAUUCAUCACUACGGAUGGACUGUAUGAGUUCAAGCGACUUCCUUUUGGACUAAAAACUGCACCUGCUGUAUUCAAUCGACUCAUGGCAGAAUUACAGAAGCGAGUGCAGAAAGGCGACAUGAUACAUUAUAUGGACGACAUCUUAAUUGGUAGUCAGACGUUUGACGAGAUGUAUGAGAAGCUUGAGCGAAUCCUCCAAGUAUUGCAAGAGUGCGGACUAACGCUAAAUCUGGAUAAAUGUGAAUUGUUCAAGCAAACAAUUACAUUCCUGGGUCAUCAGAUACACGCAGACGGCAUCAGUCCUGGAGAGGUUAAGACGAACGCUAUUGCAUUGUUCUCGACGCCGAGCAAUGUGACUGAAGUACGGCAGUUUUUGGGUCUCAGCGGUUACUUCCGGAAAUUUGUUGCCGGAUAUGCCAUUAUUUCGGAUCCCCUGCGUACCCUGGUGCGCAAAGACCAGACGUUCAAGUGGGAACAGCCACAACAGGAUGCAUUUGACGAGUUAAAGAGACGCCUAAUAUCGAAGCCCGUUGUCACCAGUUACCGACUCGAUGCUGAGCAUGAGCUACAUACGGAUGAUAGUGCCGUUGGCUUAGCCGGAGUAUUGCUGCAGAAGGAUGAGGAUCAGAUGAAGCCAAUUGCUUACUAUAGCCGAGCAACGUCCAAACCAGAGAAGAACUACCACAGUUACGAACUAGAAGCUCUAGCCGUCGUCGAGUCGUUGGAGCGAUUUAAAUAUUACAUAUAUGGUAAGCGUAUUAAAGUCGUUACCGAUUGUAAUGCCCUGAAAACAUCAAUGGAGAAACGAGAGAUUAUACCCCGAAUUGCAAGAUGGUGGCUACGUAUACAAGAAUUUGACAUAGACAUUGUUCAUCGAGCUGGAACACAGAUGAAUCAUGUUGACGCGCUAAGUCGAGCUCCAUUUGAGGAUGCACAUGAGAUGGACACAGCAUCCCUGCAAAUUUCGAAGACCAUCAUCGACGAGGCUGAUUGGUUGUUUGCCAUACAAUUGCAAGAUGAGAAAAUCCAGAAGAUUGUCGCUGAGAUGAACAUUGAUAAGAAAUCUGAGACCGACGAGUAUGUGAUCGAGCAAGAUCGCCUGUUUCGCAAAUAUGACGGCAAACUACUAUGGCUAUUGUAUGGUUAUGAGCCACGAGAUAUCCUCAAGAACACAGUGACAAAUGCGAUCCAAGGCCCGGAUCUGAAGAUGCUGACAGAUGACGAGUUGGAAAAGCUACGAGCAGAUGCUGCGACUACAGUCAACGAUCAUAGGGCUGCUGCGAAGAAACGUUACGAUGCUAGACAUUCCAAGCCAACCGUAUAUACCCUUGGUGAUCUUGUGUUAGUCGAGAAUGAGCCGUUUAGCACAGGAACAUCACGCAAAUUGGAGCCUCGCUACAAAGGUCCAUUUAUUAUCAGCAAGGUGCUGCCAAACGACCGAUAUCUAGUAGAAGAUAUCCCUCAUGCCCAACGAAAGCAAAGGCACUAUAAGUCGGUGUAUUCUUCUGACAGAAUAAAAUGCUGGUGCGAACUCCCACCCGAUGAACCAGAUGAAGAUGACGACAUGGAAGGCGACUCACCCUACGAAUCUCGCGAGGACGCUGCGAUUUUUCAGGAAAGGCCGACUGUAAAGAGCUGUUAG